ACAUACAUAUAUAUCUGAUAUAAUCUUUAAAGUAAGAAUAGUAAACAAUUGCUUAUGAAAUCAGAUAUGUUUCAUUAAGGACCGAAAUUUGUCUGCUAUAAAUAUACCGCAUUAGCAACAGCUACCCUUUUUUCGUUUUAUUUAAUCAAGGCAAAACCACAGCAAGUCAUGAAAUUAAAAAAACAACAACAUAUAUUUUGCGGAUAGAAAAUGAUGUUUUGUUGGCAAUUAGCAUAUAACCGAUAACAAACAAAUACUUAAAUCGCUUCUUCCGAUAUGUACAGUAGUUGGCAUAACGUUGGAUUAACAACAUUGAAAUAUAUAUUUCAUCUUUCAAAUUAUUUUGUAUUUGCUUUUAUUUUGAUCAUGCUUCUCCUACCAAAUACUAGCAAAAUUGUAUUUAAAAGACUAGAGAAGGAAAGGACUGACGUGAGAUUGAAUUCUAAUUUAAACCUUGAAAAUUUCGAUGUUUGUGUUAUUGGAUCUGGCUUGUCUGGAGCAGUGAUAGCUGAGAGGUAUGCAUCAACAACAGAAAAAUCAAUCCUUGUUUUAGAAAAACGUGAUCAUAUAGGCGGAAACUGUUACGAUUAUGUUGAUAAUGAGACUGGAAUUCGUGUAUCAAAAUAUGGUGCGCACCUCUUUCAUACAAAGUACAAACAUGUGUGGGAUUAUGUACAAGACUUUGGUGAGUGGAUAUCAUAUGAACAUAAGGUUCAGGCUCUAAUUAAUGGUAAAUAUGUUCCGGUUCCGGUCAACAUUCAAACUGUCAAUUUAUUGUUUAACCUCCGUAUUAAAACGGUUGAUGAAAUGAAUGUUUGGUUACAAAACGAGCAAGUUAAAUAUGACCACGAUCCAAUCAAUUCAGAGGAAAUGGCGUUGUCACGGGUAGGAAAACGAUUGUAUGAACUAAUUUUUAAACCUUAUACAAUAAAACAGUGGAAUAGAACCCCAGCUGAAUUAGGACCGUCAGUUUUAGCUCGCAUACCAGUUCGAAAUAACUGGGACGAUCGCUACUUCACUGAUAAAUAUCAGGCAUUGCCAAUAUCCGGUUAUGCAUCAAUUUUCACUAAGAUGUUACAACAUCCUAAUAUAACGAUUCGACUGAAUACCGACUAUUUUCAUUAUCGAGAAAAUAUUGAAUGUGGAAAAACAUAUUUUACUGGUCCAAUUGAUCGGUUUUAUGCUGAAAAGGGUUUACCUUUGCUAGAAUAUCGAUCAUUAAAGUUUAAAAGACAAGUAAUAAAAAAUGUCCAUCACUUUCAACCAGCGAGUGUUGUGAACCAUCCAAAUUUCAAUGUAAAUUUUACAAGGAUUGUUGAAUACAAAUGGUUUCCCUUUCAACAGCGUAACUCAAACGACACAGUGCUUUUCAUCGAAAGUUCCGCAGAUUAUGGCGAACCUUUCUAUCCCGUCCCAAAUAUUCAAAAUCAGAAUUUAUACAACAUAUAUAAAAUAUUAGCAGAAUCUGAAAGAGACAUAUAUUUUCUUGGUCGAUUAGCAAAUUACAAAUACUUUAAUAUGGAUGAAGCAAUCAAUAAUGCACUGAAGUUGUUUUAUCAAACAAUGAAAAAGUAAUAUAUGUAUAUGUUCGUUAUUGUUAAGCGACUUGUCUAGAUCUUGAAAGUGUUUCAGUUUUGAUAUUUAUGUCCAGUAAGAUUUCCCAAUCAAUUUAGAAAAACAAAAAACACAACCAUUAACACAAUUGCUUUAAAUAAUGUAGUCCAUACUGUUUAAUGAAUUAUUUAACAGCUAAAUUGCCAGCAAUUAAUAUCUCCACAUUUUAAUGUAAAUAUCUAACGCUUUUUAACAUGGCAGAACACGAUACAACAAAAUCCGCCUCCUGUACAACAAAGCUUCCUUUAAAUAAUUUAAACUGGUAGGUUAAGGGCCAAAAUUUUGAAUGGGUUGUUCUGUUACACACACCUGUUACAUUUGAUUUUAAAUUAUCUUGGUUAGGCUAGAUAAGAUAAU